GUAUACAAGUAACUGGCUCUCUGACUUGCUUCCGACAAGCGGUACCCUAAGCUGGACACUCGAGCUUAGCGGUCCGGUACCGCUAUGCAUGUACCAGAGCGCGAUCACGUGAUACGCCGGCACGCGACUUGACAACUCGAGGAACAGUGAAGACUAGGCAAGACAAUGAAUGCCUGCUGGGUUUUCACGCUUCUGACAAGUUCGCUGUGCGUAUUCGCCGAAGACAUGGGCAUUCAGUUUAACGAGACUCUUACUGGCUAUAUUUCACCUGGAGACGUGCCCUAUCAACAAGGUUACGAUGAAGGAAAGGCGGCAAAUAGAACAACAUGGUUCCUUUGCAAUUUUAGAAUAAUACACAUGGCUUCGUUUGUUGGCAACUCAUCCCAUCAUCAUGUGGCACAAUGUACUGGUCACGUGUUCGUCCACGGUCUCACGGGAUCCAAUGGUGCAGAGAUUGUAGACGGUAGAGUGGAUGUUUUUGACAACAAUGUUGUCAACCACGAGCUUCAAAUGCAAUACAACCUCUCGUUCGAUGCUGAUGGUACCCAGUACAGACUAGAGGGAGUGAAGUACAUAUAUGGCAGUGACUGCAGUCACCUCUUUGAGAUGAGUACUACUUUGUACACACACAUAGUGCAAUACACGAAAGACCAGUUAGAAUCAAGUAGCAUUGUAGCAUCAGGAAUAUUGACCAUUAACAUGAUUGGGACCAUCAACCUUCUCGAGUCCAUUCAAUUUGUUGGAAACGGUACAGAUGCUGACAAACUAGAAGUUUUGUAUGAGUUUGGCAAGUUCUUGCUCUCGUCUGUUGAGGAAGACUGUCUGAAUCUGACAAACUACGAGACUAGGUUUUGGUACAUCUGGGCAUCAGAUGGAGAGCAGGGAUUUUUAUUGGAUUUGAUCGAGCGACCAGAUAAAUGUGAAAUCCGUCUGGAAACAUACCAUUACAAUGCAACACCACAGGUACAAAAGGAAUGGGUCAACCUUGAUGACCUUCACAUCACCCCAACUGAUGUCCAUAUGGGAGAUGUCACUAUGUCGAAAACCAACGUAUAUGGAUCUGUCAACAAUGUGUCCCUGGCUCUUGGCUAUAAUGUUACCAGUGGAGCAAAUCAUUUUGUUCCGUUACUUCUGGUUGAGGCCAGCAAAGGCCUCAUUCCAGAUAUUUACUCAAGAUAUGGUUACGUUACAGGAGGCCAAAUCAACCAUCACAGUUACACGAACACGACUGCUCUUACGUUUACCACAUACACAUUCAAGGUUGGUCUUAAAGAAGGACGAUGGGCAAUGAUCUCAGCCAUGAACUUUACAGACAAGGGAACAAAUCAUUCAAUUGCAUUGAAGAUUGAGAUUGUUUCAGUACUCAUUGGCAAAGACUUUUCUCUAGCAACAUCGUACGUCUUCUACGAAGGCAAAGAAUAUCAUCUCAACGACCCCCUCUUCUCACAAACUCAAAUGACCGCAACUGGAGACAUCCAAGGAAACGACCGUCACUUUGGAGCCAACCUAGUGUCCGAUAACCUUCGGAUGGAUGUAAAAUGUCAAGCACCAGUCAGUCAGUUUGCACUACUUGAUCAUGAAGGACAGACAGUUAUCCACACCACAGUUCUAGGAGACUGCACUGUGAACAGCAAAUUCGUUUGCACAAAAUGUGCCCUGUUGGAGAUCAAGUCAUGA